CUCCAUUACGCACAAGACUGAUGGACACAUCACACCUAAUGCUCGCCAGUAAACACCUCCACCCCGCCACUCCUGUCAUGUUGUCAGAGCUGAGAGCAGUGGUGUUGGAUGAUCGUGCGUCUUGGAGCGGAGAGGCGGAGAAAUGACAGGACAGAAGGGUGGGGAUGGAUACAGACGGAGGAGUUGGCAUCUUGUGAUAAUGUGGCACUCCAAGAUUCAGCUCUAUUUGGACAUUAAUGUUUUUAUGUAUCUUAAAUGAAGACCAUUCACUGGCUACAUUAUCUUGAAGUGUGAGUUGCUGACAUCAUGGAUAAAGAGAAUGAGAGCGUGUGUUUGAACAGGUCACUGUUGGAGGUGGACUUCUUCAGCAAGCUGGAGGACAUCGACGUGACGGCUGACGGGAGCCCGGGUCUGAGGUUCCUCAUCUGCCUCGUUUAUUCUGUUGUGUGCGCUGCGGGUCUGAUAGGCAACCUGCUGGUGCUCUUCUUCAUCAGGGUCAAACAAGAGAGGAAGAGGUCCACGGUGAACUUCUUCGUGCUCAACUUGGCAGUGACGGACUUGCAGUUCGUGCUCACUCUGCCCUUCUGGGCCGUGGACACCGCGCUGGACUUCAGCUGGCCAUUUGGAGACGCCAUGUGCAAAAUCAUCCUCUCGGUCACCGUGAUGAACAUGUACGCCAGUGUGUUUUUCCUCACUGCCAUGAGUGUGACCCGCUACUGGUCGGUCGCCUCGGCUCUGAAGAACACCACCGCGCGGAAGUCAUGUUCCGCCAAGUGGACCUGCGCAAUCAUUUGGACACUGGCGACUGUGGCGACUGCGCCGACUUCGAUUUUCUCAACUGUCAGUAACGUAACCGGAGAGAAACUCUGUUUGUUGAGGUUUCCCGGGGGACAGUACUGGUUAGCAGUUUAUCACAUACAGAAAAUACUCGUAGGGUUUGUGUUGCCGAUGUCCAUCGUGUCCAUCAGCUACAUAAUGCUGCUGCGUUUCGUCCGCAACCGGAGUAUGAAAACAAGCAACCCCAAACGGAUAUCCCAAGUUACAAAAUCUAUCACCAUCGUCGUGUUGUCUUUCUUCCUGUGCUGGAUGCCGAACCAUGCCAUCACCUUUUGGAGUGUACUGGUCAAACUGAACGCUGCGCACUGGGACAAAGCCUACUACAUAGUCCAUACAUAUGUGUUCCCACUGACGGUGUGUCUGGCUCACACCAACAGCUGCCUGAACCCGAUUAUUUACUGCCUCAUGAGGAAGGAGUUCAGGAACAAGCUGAGAAGUCUGAUUCACAGGGGAUAAUGUUUUGGGGCUUUGGGAAUGAUUUCAUGUGUUGACAAACAGUGCCCGUGACGCACCGAGUGCGCACGGCGAAAAAGGCACGGGGUGAGAGAGGAGACCCGUCAGAAAGCUCAAUGACGACAAGUAGCAUCAUGUCAAGACUAUUUACUCCACUCUGUCGAGGAACAAUAUAACUUUCAUCAGCGCCUCUUGUCUGUAAAGGCUUGCGUAAUGUGGCUUAGUUCUAUUGGCGUUUGGCUUUAUGCAAACCAAUUCCUAAUUUUGUGUAAAAAAUGUGUUACACGUAUGAUCACUGUGGCCUUGCUUGUUCAAUAUCCAUUAGUAGUGACGUGUCCCUGGUCUACUGCUGGAGUGACUGCGUGCGUAAUUGCGCAUGAUAAAUAACCAUGCAUUAAUGUGCUUGCGUUAUAGCUGUAGGCAAACGGUUAGGGAGCUGAGCGCUUUCUACAUCCAUCUGUGAAUGUCUUUGCAAAUAAUGUAACCAGUGUGUCAGUCAUGGAUGCAAACAUCACCUCCUGGAACAAAGGAGGGAAAGCAACGCGUCGUGUUUUUAAGUUACAGCGUGCCAAAAUCAAUUGUUUGAGCACAAAAAACAACAAAAUGUGUGACAUGAUUCUUGUAAAUAAAAAAAAAAUGUAUCUAGUAUGAUUUGUAAAUAAAGAUGUA